CUUUGUUGAUCGAGGAAAAUAAAAUAAAAACUAAGUGCUGAAGUUUCAAAAUGAUUAAAAAGUAAACAAAAAGCACACAAACACACUGCUGCUCAUAAUUAUAAGCUAGGUGUUGCAGCAUUAGAUCAUCAACAUGUCAUCCAUAGAUAAAAUGAGUGUCCAGGGUAUAAGGAGUUUUGGACCUGAUGACAAAGAAAAACAGAUUAUACAGUUCUUUACUCCUUUGACUCUUAUCUUGGGUCCUAAUGGUACUGGGAAAACAACUGUUAUAGAAGCACUGAAGUACAUAACCACAGGAGUGAUGCCCCCAGGGGCUACCAGAGGGGGAGCUUUUGUUCAUGAUCCUAAGUUCGCCAAUGAAAGAGAAGUGAAGGCUCAAAUCAGAUUACAGUUCCACGAUGUAUCAGGGCAAAUGACUAUAGUACAACGUAGUAUGACUGCUACUCAAAAGUUGAAACAAGUAACCUUGAAGACGUUAGAUGGUUGUAUAACCAGGAGAAAUGCUGCUGGAGAGAAGAAAAGUAUCAGCUCCAAAUGUGCAGAAAUUGAUAAGGAGAUGAUUUCAGCAUUAGGUGUAUCUAAGCCUGUAUUAGAGAAUGUUAUUUUCUGUCAUCAGGAGGAAGCUAACUGGCCUUUGAGUGAAGGUAAACAGUUAAAAGACAAGUUUGAUGACAUAUUUGCCUCAACGAGAUAUGUUAAAGCUCUGGAAACAAUCAGGAAACUCAAAAUGACUCAGGAUGCCACUGUGAAGGAAUACAGGAUAGAAACUUCCUAUCUAAAGCAACACAAAGAUAAGGCUACACAGCUUGAAGGUGAUUUAAAUGAAAUCCAAUCCAAGUUGAUAUCAUCCAAAGGAUCUGUAGACACUAUAGUAUCUAAGUUGGAUCCUAUAGAAAACAAAUUGAGUCAAAUUGGUGCCAAGUCAGAUGAUAUCUACAGACUACAAAAUAAUAUAACUAAGCAUACAAGUGAGAAAAAAGAAAUGGAAAGGACUGUAGAGGAAUUACAGAAGAAUAUAGAAAAUGAAUUUCAAGGUUCAGUAGAAGAAUUGAAGAGAGUUCUAGCUGAGUUUCAGAACAAAGUUCAAGAGAGAGAAGACACUUUAUCUCAAUUUAAACAGCAAAGCAGGGAACUAGAAAGAGAAUGUGAACAGUUGAAUAGGAAGAAAAGUGAACUGUUACUGCAAGUAGGGAAGCUAGAACAGGAGGCUCAGGUACAUGAUGACAAUAUUACAAAGAGAAAUAUACUGAUAGAACAAUUUGCUGACAAGUACCAAUUUGAAGGUUUUAGUGGAUGUGAAAUAACAGAUGAAAAGUACAGAAGUUUUAUUGAAAAUGUUAGAAACAAACUGGAAACCAUGGUUACAGAAGGAAAGAACCUAAAGGUUGAUUUUGAAGAAAAAGAGAAGAAAGUCCAACUGAAGAUAGAUGAACUGAAAGAAAAUAAAACUAAGUUGGAGCAGAGUGAACUUAUAAAAAGAAAUAUGAUGAAAGACAAUAAUACCAAAGUGAAACAGAUUAACCAAAAAUUGAGCCAAGUAGAUGCUUCAGCUGGAAAACUAGAACAACUCACAAGGGAACUCAAGAGAGUAGAACAUGACUUGAAGUCCACAGAAGGAACAGUAGACAUUCCCAAACUUAAACAAGAGAUUGAUCAGCUAGCGAAAGAUAAACUAGAACUAGAUGCCAAAAUUAGUCAACUUAGCUCUGAGAUGAAUAGAUUGCAUUUACAGUCCAGUGCCCAGGCUCAAAUUGAUGUUCUGAAGAAAGACAAGGGGUCAAAAGAAGAAAAUAUUAGGAGAUUAAAAGCCAAACAAGAAGAUACUAUUAGUUAUUUACUUGGACAUAUGCCUACCUCUAAUAUCAGGACACAGUUAGAUGAUUAUAUUGGGAAACAAACAGAGAGUGUGAAGACUUUAAGACAGGAAGUACAUCAAAGUAAAAAUCAACUGUCAACUAAAGAGGCAGAGAAAAAGAUGAUCAGUGAAACACUGAGAAAAAAGGAAGAGGACUUGAAAAACUUGGAGGAGAAAAUCUUCAGUGUUUGUGGAAGCCAGAAUUUUGAUGAUGGACUACUAACAUUUAAAGACAAAAUGUCACAGACUCAAGAUACAAGAGGAUCCUUACUGGGAGCUGAACAUUUCUUUAAGAAGUAUGCCACAGAUUUAGAGAAGGAUGACCCCUGUUGUCCUUUAUGUCACAGAGAGUUUGACACAGAUCAGGAAGUCAAAGAACUUGUUAUUGAAUUGAAAAACAAAUUAAGGAUGGUUCCUGCCAAACUACAGAAAGCAGAGAAAGAUCUAGAUGAGUUCAGAAAGAAAUAUGACUCAAUGAUGCAACUUAAACCUUUAAAGGAAAAUAUUUCAAUGUUGACCAGUAAAGAGAUUCCAGAACUGAGAAACAAAUUGAAGAAACUUAAUGAAGAUAUAGGUACAUUGAGGACCACCAUUGAAGAGAAAGAAGAUGACCUUCAGACAAAGGAAGGUGAUGAGGAUAUGGCUAAACAGGUUCAACCAGAUGUAGUGCAGAUAGAUCGUUACCAAGGGGAGGUAAUAGAACUAGACAAGAAAAUAACAUCACAGCAGUCAACAUUGUCGGGUGGUAGUUCAGACAGAACAUUACAGGAUGUUAUUAAUGAGAAAGAAGAUCAUCAGAUGAAAGUAGAUACCAUUACAAAGAACCUGGAUAGAAAAAGACAAAAGAUAAAUGAUCAUUCUGAGGAGUUGGCGCGUUUGAAAAGUCAAAUAAAUACAUUGAAGGAAGAAAAGCUUCAGAUUGACAGUGAUUUACAACAGAGAUACAAAUUAGAAGAAGAUAAAGUCACACUUCUGAGUGAAAGUGACCAGAUACAGAGAGAAAUUCAGGAAGCCAGUGAACAGAUUAGACCUCUACAGAAUCAGAUAGAAAAAAAGAUAUUAGAGAAAGAAGCCAUUACUGCAGAGAAGGAAGAUAAGAUAGAGCAAGCCAAAUCUCAGGUUGAUAUGUUGAAGAAUGAUGCUUCAAAAGUAAAAAAUGUUAAUCAAGAAAUCAAAAGCUAUAUCAACCAAGGCAAGGCUGAAACAUUGGGAGAAAUAAGGAAAAAGAAAGAACAAGUUGAACUAAAGACAGAAAAGAAAGAAACUGAGAAAAAAGAAGCCAAUCAGAAUAUAACAAAGAUACAGAAUGAUCUAGCUACACAACAAACAAGAGAAAGAGAACUGUUAGAUAACCUACAGCUAAGAAAGAAAUCAAAAGAGAUAGAGGAUGUCAAACAAAAAAUAGCUGAUUUAAAAGAACAGUUAGGAGAUAUUGAUGUGACACAUCUAGAUAGAGAACGGAAACGUCUACAGACACAACAAGAGGAAUUGAUGAAAGAGAAACACCAUGCAGAAGGAAGACAGAGAGGUUUUGAAGAUCAGAUCAGAAACAUAAAAUCAGAACUGAAGUCUGAUAUGUAUAAAGGGGCACCUCAAAAGUUUAGAGACAAAAUGAUUGUAUUGAGGACAACAGAAUUGGCUAUCACUGACUUAGAGAAGUACUACAAAGCUUUAGAUACAGCUAUCAUGAGAUACCACAGUUUAAAAAUGGAGGAAAUAAACAAAAUUAUCAGAGAAUUGUGGAGAAAUACAUACAGAGGCAAUGACAUUGAAACAAUUGAAAUUCGAACUGAUGAAGAUGAGAGUGGCAUAAUGAAAACAAGACGUAAUUAUAAUUAUCGUGUGGUGAUGAUAAAAGGGGAUACUGCCCUGGAUAUGAGGGGGAGAUGUAGUGCUGGACAAAAGGUGUUAGCCUCACUAAUUAUUAGAUUGGCAUUAGCAGAGACAUUUUGUUUAAAUUGUGGAAUUCUGGCUUUAGAUGAACCAACAACUAACCUAGACAGAGAAAACAUUGAAAGUUUGGCUUUUGCACUUGUAGAAAUUAUCAAGGGAAGAGUCCACCAAAAGAAUUUCCAGUUAGUAAUUAUUACUCACGAUGAAGAUUUUGUGGAGUUGUUAGGAAGAUCAGAAUAUGUGGAUGAGUUCUUCAAGGUCAGAAAAGACCAGAGUGGCUAUUCACAGUUAGUUAGAGCUAGGGUUGGAGAGCUUCACUCAAGAUGAUUGAUGAAGUAAAAGACAGUUGUAUAGGAAGACACCAGCGUCACAAGGGUCUCAAGUUCUGAUGGAAAUCAUGACAAUUUUCAUACAAUUUUCAUACACA